CCACGCCGACGGUAUCGGACCCGAUCUUUUGCUGAUUUGGGUCUUUGAGUUUCCAAGUCCUUCCAUACAAUGGCAGGCCCAUAACCACCUUCUCACGAUAGAUCCCGGCCUCGACCCAUGAAGUUAGCCCGUAACUCGUGCUUAUGUUACUAUUUGGGUCACAAAGGGCCUCAUGGGCCCCGUUUUUUGAAGUACAUUGCGUUGAUCCAAUCCAGAUUUCGGUUAAUGGACUGGACCGGGUACGAACGCUUGACGUCGGAUAUGAAGAAGUCGACGGAGAAAUACACCGCCGCCGUGAUCAGAAGAGGAGCGCGGUGGGUAGCCUUAGCCUCUGCCUUGAUUGCUUCCUGCCAUUCGUUGAAUAGUAUGCUCAAGUUUAGCAUUUGCUUCGGGUUCUCCGGAAAUUCCCAAUCGAGAUCCAUCCCGACAAAACCGAGAUUCCGCGCCACCUCCAAGGCCUUGGGAUUUAAUAAAUUAAAUAUAAUUUCUUUUGUGUGGACUUUGGCUUGUGGAUUUGAUGGUGCUAGUAAGAACAGGUUAUGAAAUUCAUUUGGUUAUGAUUUGCUGUUUCUUUUAUCUGUGUUUCUGAUUAUGCUGUCAGCAGUGGGGAUAGUUCUAGAUGGAAAUUUUCGUUCUGUGGCUUAAGGUGAUUUCUCUUUCAAUUUCACAUGGGUUUCUCUUUGUAUGUGUUGUUGCCUUCUCUAGAAUUACUAUUUGUUCUUGGCUUUGUAUCUUUUUUUGUUUUGUUUUGGCUUUUUUGGUUUUUGAUUCUUUUUUUCUUACGCUUUAUUGUUGCAGGUUGUUUGGUAACCAUUUAAUACUCUUAUAUCUUCUAUUUUCUGCUGCAAUGGAAAUGCAAUUAAUAUUUUGUAACAUUUGGUUCUUUGUGUAGAUUUUGUUUUGUUUAGUUUAUAUUUUUACCUUUGCUGGAGUGUUCUUGCCUACAUCUUUUGUUUUGUUUCUCAGUUUAAGAUCAAGAAGCUUUAGGUGUGAGAUUUUAUAUUUAUUCUUUUUGAAAACCAUAUGAUCUUUGUUGUUUGCUAGGGCUUUUUGUGUUUUGUUGAGCUAUGUUAGAUCUGAAUAGCUUCUUUAUUCAUCUUAAAUAGGUUGUGUGUUGCCUUCAGUGAUGCUUGCUUUGGUUGUGAUCUUAAGAGGGAGAGAAUAUGGAAUGAAAUGGGUUGUUUGUA